GCACUUCUCAACCAAACAGCAACCGAAAGCCAAUAUGUCGAGUUUAUAGGAGAUGUACCUGAUCUUGAAGCCUUCACGUUAAGCUUAUGGGUGAAACUUCUCAAAACAGGGCCUGAUGUUUCACUGUUCACCUACGUAGCUAACGAUGCAGACAAGACACGCCUAACUGCCUCAUUAACGGAAAAAUCGAAAUCACAGCUUCUCUCACUGCAAAUCAACGACAUGGCUAUUUUCACCGCGGAAGUUCACCAAGGAUUAAAUGCAGGAGAAUGGCACCACAUCUUAGUUUCAUGGCACGGUGCCACGGGAACAUGGGGUGCCUAUGUUGACGGCGUGUUGUUGGAAAGUGGCAGACAGUUGUUGUCUCAAGGGAUGCUGGUGAGAGGCGGAGGUCGAGCUUUUUCAGGCUACGACCUCACCACGACCCAACACGACCGCAAGAACGACCUGGCUAAUCAGGAAGACAAUGCUAAGGCAGGUUUCAGUGCUUGGGUCACGCUGCUGUUCCUGGAUACGAGCGCAAUCGAGCAACCAGACUCUUGGUUGAAUCGCCUGGCAGUGGAGUUAGUCGCGAGCAAGUGCGUGCCCGAGCAUGGAGGUGACGUCAUAAGUUGGCAGGAUACCCCAAGGAGGGGGUACGGGGGGGUCCUUGAGGCUACUGUACAAGACCUUUGUCAGGGUCGCGCUAAGUCUUAAAGGAAGGAAAAAGAAGAAAAAAAGAUAAUUGUAUGGUAUUUAUUUAUUUAUUUAUUGUUUACAUAUCUAUUUAUCUUUUGAAGAAAUAAAAACAAGAAUUUGAUGGUAAUGAUUUGUUGUUUGUUUAGAAAGGUAAUGACGUAACCUUUCAGUAGUAUUUUAAAGAGAGAAGAAUAAAAGAGCCGCCUCCUGCAUGGGAUUUAAUGCAGGCUGUACGCAUAGGGAUGUAGUUUGAAAUACGUUUUCGAAUAUAAAUGACCGAGAAAUGCUACUGUGUAAUUCAUUUCAGACAGGCGGUAGGCAUUUGUUACCAAGAGCGACGUACCCUCUAGAGAAAGUUUCAAAACCAGAGUUUCAUGCGAACUCAAAAUUCAAACCGAACCUUUCUUACUUUCUGUGUAUCACCCUUUAUUAUUAUGCCGGAUGAUAAAAAAAAAAAAAAAAAUAAAAAAAAAAAUAAAACAUUAAAAACCUGUAAUGUUUAUUAGUCUGUUUCUCAUGCUCUCUUGGUUCAUAUCCCUCUACCUCUGUUCGUCGCUCUCAGUAACAUUAGCUCUUACUUAUUUAUGUAUUUAUUUAACUAUUGCUUGGUAUAUAUGUAUCCAAUUAGAUUUGCUUGUAUUUGUAGCUAAGGGUCGAAGCUCGUGUAUGUCUAAUAUAUGUUUUACGUGUU